AUGUCAGACAAUAGACUCUACGGUGAUCUGCCUCUCUCACUUUCAAAUCUCACUAGCUUACAUGUGCUUGACCUUUCUCAUAACAGAAUUAUCGGUGCCAUUCCGCAUGAGAUAGGAAGCCUAUCCAAACUAACUCAUCUAGAUUUGUCACUCAAUGAUCUUUACAGUAGUCUGCCUCUCUCACAUGCAAAUCUUACUAACUUACAUGUGCUUGACCUUUCUUAUAACAGAAUUUUCGGUGCCAUUCCGCCUGAGAUAGGAAGCUUAUCCAAACUAACUCAUCUCAAUUUGUCAUACAAUGGACUCGGCACUGAUCUGCCUCUCUCACUUGCAAAUCUCACUAACUUACAUGUGCUUGACCUUUCUUAUAACGGAAUUUUCGGUGCCAUUCCGCAUGAUAUAGGAAGCUUAUCCAAACUAACUCAUCUCGAUUUCUCACACAAUGGACUCUACAGUGAUCUGCCUCUCUCACUUGCAAAUCUCACUAACUUACAGCUGCUCGACCUUUCUCAUAAUAGAAUUGUCGGUGCCAUUCCGCCUGAGAUAGGAAGCUUAUCCAAACUAACUCAUCUCGAUUUGUCACACAAUAGACUCAACAGUGAUCUGCCUCUCUCACUUUCAAAUCUCAUUAACUUACAGCUGCUUGACCUUUCUCAAAACAGAAUUUUCGAUGGCAUUCCGUCGGGAAUAGGUUACCUCCAGCAAUUGAUUGUUCUUGAUUUGAGCUACAACAGCAUCAGUGGCUCUCUGCCCUCAACUAUGAACCAAUUAACAAGUUUGGAAUUCUUGAAAUUGGACGGCAAUAUGUUGGUAGGUGUUUUUGAGGCAGGAAUACAAAUGCUUCCUUCAAUUAAAACAAUAGGCCUCAGUGGGAAUACAAUCGAAGGAAGGAUACCUUUUGAGUUUGGAGAUGCUGCUAAUGCACAGUUUUUGAAUAUCGAUCUGUCUCAUAACCAUCUUUGUGGUAGAGUUCCCGAAUCUCUUUCGCAUUUGGAUGGAAUCGAUCUAGUUACUUCUGCUGUCAUUGGUGUGGUGAUACUAUUUGGAUGUGUGUUUUUGUUUUCAUCAGGUUUGAUUCUAACCUUUUACUUAAGAAGGAAAGCAGCCUCUGCAGUCACACCUGAUGAUGACCAGAGACAUGGAGACAUAUUUAAGAUAUGGAACUUCGAUGGAAACAUCGCCCAUCAAGACAUCAUCCAAGCAACAGCAGACUUCGAGUCUAGAGCUUACGGGAGCGUCUACAGAGCUCAACUGCCAACUGGAAGAGUCGUUGCUGUUAAAAAGCUUCACAGAUUCGAAGGAGAGAAUCCUAGUUACGACAUGUGUUUCAGGAAUGAGGCAAGGGUGCUCUCUGAGAUACGCCAUCGCCAUAUUGUCAGGCUUUUCGGUUAUUGCCUGCACAAGCGGAGCAUGUUCCUCAUCUACGACUACAUGGAAAGAGGAAGCCUGUUUAGUGCGUUGAAGGACGAGAGCGAAGCCGUGGAGUUAGAUUGGAAGAAGAGGGUGAAUGUGGUGAAGGGUAUUGCAAAUGCACUAUCUUACAUGCAUCACGAUUGCACGCCGCCAAUUCUGCAUAGAGACGUUUCGAGCAGCAACAUCCUGUUGGAUUCGGAGUUUGAAGGUUGUUUAUCUGAUUUCGGAACAGCUAGAUUGUUGGAUCCAGACUCAUCCAAUCAGACUCUACUAGUCGGAACUCGCGGCUAUAUCGCACCAGAACUAGCCUUUACCAUGGUGGUUACAGAGAAAUGCGAUGUGUACAGCUUCGGAGUUCUGGCACUGGAAAUCGUGUGUGGGGACCACCCAGGGGAUUUCGUAUCCUUCGUGACCACGACGAAGGGAUCAUCCUCAUCCGCACAGUUUGCUCAAAACUUGAUGGUGCAACAACUCCUGGACAAGAGACUAGCAUCUCCAGAUGAAGAUGUAAGAGUGUCCCGGGAAAUCGUUGGAGUGGUGAAAAUAGCUCUCAAAUGCGUAAGUUGUGAUCCGAAAUCGCGGCCGUCUAUGAAGGAGGUGUCUCAGGAACUCGCUGCGAACCCACCACGCUUGUCGAUGCCCUUUCGCUCCAUAUCAGUGCUGCAGCUAAUGCAUUCAGAUUGAGCUCACAACUGCUUUUUUUUAACUAAUAAGCUUAAAGAUAGAUGUUGAAGUGCUUAUGAUACAUACUAGUACUAGGUUUGUUAAGGGUGUCCUCAACUGAACUGGAUCAAAAUAUUGAAAACUUGUUCACACUGGAUGGUGCUGAAGGUGAUAUUGAUCAUUAUUAUGAGUAUCUAUCUUUGAGUUGGAUGUUUUUCUUGUAAUGCUAGUGGCAGGCAUCUAGAAGUGCAAAUAUUAACAUAUAUAUAGUAUCA